GUGCAAUCUUCAUUUAUUUAAUGAAAUUUUAUUUAUUAAUGGCGAUAUUAGUCUCACAUAUUUCGUAGAAUAAACUUGAAAGCUCCACCAGAAAAGGGAAGUCUUGUCUCUGAUGACCUAUAAGUGAAACAACGUAUUUUAACCUAUAAGAAUUGUUCCUUUUAAAUUUGAACCAACAUCUAAAUCAAUUAAAAAUUCUCUGUUGCCACAAGAAAGCUCGCAUUACUUUCAUUACAUUCACUAAUCUGGUGGUCGUAAUGUUGAACUGUGAGACAUGGGUGCAUGUUUAACUUUGGAAAGGGAAGAGGGAAAAGCCAGGAAAAGAAGCGAAGAGAUUGACAAGGAAUUGGUUGAAGCCGCAAAACAACAAAAUAAUGUUAUCAAGAUCUUACUACUUGGAGCUGGGGAGAGUGGGAAAAGUACCCUAGUCAAGCAAAUGAAAAUUAUCCAUGCAGAUGGCUUUACACAUGCUGAAUUGAGCAGUUUUAGGCCAACUGUAUUAGACAAUCUUUUGGCAUCUAUGAAAUAUGUGCUUGCUGGAAUGGGUAUUCUUCGAAUAAAUUUAGAACAUUCACGAAACAAAAUGCACGCACAGGUAGUUCUGAUGAGUAGGAGCUGUUUUGAUAUGAGUUUUAUUGUAUUACCAAAUGUAGCAGCAUCCCUUCAAGCUCUUUGGUCCGAUAGGGGCGUAAGGUUGGCUGUUGCAAGAGGCUAUGAAUAUGAACUUAACGACUCAGCUCUCUACCUUUUUGAAAAUAUGGAAAGGUUAUGCGACCCAAAAUAUGUACCAACACCGACUGAUGUUCUACGAGCAAGAGUAAGGACCCAAGGAAUAAUCGAAACAAGAUUUUGUAUAAACGAUAUGAUAGUCAGCAUGUACGAUGUAGGUGGUCAAAGAUCGCAGAGAAGAAAGUGGAUAUAUUGUUUCGAUGACGUCAAAGCUGUUCUUUUCGUUGUUUCCUUGAGCGGUUAUGAUAUGACCUUGUUGGAGGAUCCUACUGUGAAUCGAUUGGAGGAAAGUCUAAAUUUAUUCGGUCAGAUUGUAAAUAAUCCAUACUUUAGAGAUGCUUCGUUCGUUCUCUUCCUCAAUAAAUUUGACUUGUUCCGAGAGAAAAUUCUGUACUCUCAACGUCACCUGCGCCUAUAUUUUCCCGAUUACAAAGGGGCAGACGGAGAUGUUGACAGGGGGGCUCUGUUCAUUCAGCACAAAUUCGUGUUGAGAAAUGGUGAUUCCAGAAAAGUAUUAUACCCACACUUCACCACUGCAACAGAUACGGCUAACGUUCAAGUGGUUUUCCAGGCGGUGAUGGAAAUGGUAAUCUCGUCCAAUCUUGGUCAAGUUACUUUGCUGUGAAAGGAAAUUUAGUGAAAAUAUUGUUGAGAAAGGUAAGUACAAUGAUAUUGUAUCAAAUUUUUAUCGAUCAAAUAAACUCUGUGAUGUCUGCGAGGGAUUUGUAACCUUAUAUGAAUCUCAGUUGGUCGAAAGAGCUUUUGUAAAACACCAUUUUUCAAUAAUUUCACCAAGAAAAAUCUGUUGAAGUGCGGAAAUAAAUGUAACUGCUUUUUAUCUUGCCAACACUAUUAGGAUGGCUGUUAUUGUGUGCUUCAUCGACGAUUGUGAAAAAAUUAUUU